AUGAAGUUUGGCCCCUGGUCUGAGAUCAAAGUAGCCCUCCUGGGCCAUGUGAGUGUUGGCAAAACUACAGUGCUGAAUGCCAUCUUGGGUGACAAGUUUGGAGAAGUCUCCAUGCGGCGAACCACUGCAGGGAUCAACUUCUUCCGCAUUGUCCCAUCCAAUGAGGCAACAAAAGAGUCUGAUCAGUGGUCUGUGGCUGGGCACAAUGAGGACGUCAAGGCUGCUGAAAAAGUACAUCAGGAGAUUUCAAAAUCUAAUAUGAAGCUUCGUGAAGCUCAGAUAAUUGAAGAGAAGUGGUUCAAUGUUGGCUGUGAUCCAUUGUGUGAGAUGCGCAAGAAAACAUCGAUUGUUGUUGUAGACAUCCCAGGGACCAAUGAGGCUGAUACCAACAGCAUCUACAGGAACUAUGUUGAGGAGAACUGGAAGACCUUUGAUUGUGUGGUGGUUGUGAUGGAUGCUAGGCAAGGUGUCAAUACGGAGGAGCAGGUGGGCUUGCUUCGGCUUGUCAAGGAGAAUCUUACUAAACAGAAAAGCCUACCAGUUAUUGUUCUAUUAAACAAGGUGGACGAGCCGGAUGAUACAGAGCAGGCACUCCUUGUCAAAGAAUCCCAAGAAAAGAUAGCAUCCAUGUUUGCUGUUGGCUGUCGAGCGAAAGCACUGAAGCAGCUCCCAACACUGUCUGGCAAGAAGGGGGCAAAGCAUUCAGUACCUACAUUUGAUUUAUAUCCUGUGGUCAUCCCGGUAUCAGCUAUCAGGGCAUAUUUCUACAGGGCUGCAUCCAGCCUUCCGUUUGAAGAGUUCAGAAAGAAGUUUGACCAGGAUAUCAUUGAGAAGAUUGGCCGUGAAGAAAUGAAUAGGAACAAGUGGAGGAGGAUGUCUGUUGACAAGAAAUACAAGGCCCUGUAUGAUCUUGUUGUAGAAGGUUCAGAGGAGGACGAUGAAGGGAUACAAGGCACGGGGUUUGACACAUUCCUAUGUGCCCUAUCUGUUUCUGUGGGUGGCCAUGAGACUCAAACCAAGUUGCUGCACAGCCAAGUUGACAUUGCUCUCCAGUCCUUUCAAGAAGAGAAACAAUCCUUCUCUCAACUCAUGGCACUCCAUGAGACAAGCAAGGUCCUUGAUAAAGACAUGGGAGCUAUCAAGCAGGCUUUUUGGACCAAGUAUACAUCCUGCAAAGAGGAGUCCCUUGAUGCUUUCAGGAAGGAGCCAAAGGUCGAGGUGAUGGCUGAACCAGCAGGCCUAUUGCAUCAGUACUUUUCCUUUGCCACUUCUGUGGGGUGGGAGGAUGAAGCAAAGCUGGUGGAGAAAUCCUUUGGUGAGCUUGUGGGUGAACAAAUUGGUGUCAUUGUCAACAAGCAAGGCUUGCAAACGGCAGGAGAAUUCAAUGCGGACAAUGACUUUGUGUGCAACUACUGUACCGGUAGGCAAAAGAGUGGAGCGGAACAAAUCCAGAAAGAGCAAGAUAAGAAAGACUUGACCUGGGGCAACUUUUCAGUGUAUGACUGGGUCACUGUCCUUGAGUCCAUUUUACGAAAUCUGCCGAGUGGCUCAUUUUCUCGGGAGUUCAUAGUUCUUGGGAUUCUCAGGGACAAAUAUGCAGCCAGCUUGGGCCCAUCAAAGCUUGUGAACUGUGAUUGCAAUACCUGCUACACUGAGAUGCGCUAUCUCUCUGGUUCGAGUACAAGGCCAAGUAGGUACUGUCAAACUUGCAGGAAUCGUCGCAAUGAACGGCCAAGCAAAUGUCAAAAGACCCAUCAUGGCAAUGCAGGAUGGAAUGUCUGCUAUGAAGAUGGUAAGCUGAAGGUUGUUGGGAGCUUGGCCAAUGUCCAGGUCCCAUCUUCUUCUUCAGACGAACAGCACUGGGGCCAUGUUGCUUGGUGUUGCCAGAACCUGAUGGAAUCGGCCUGUCAGCAGAAGAAGGAUUCCUCAACCAGUCAGUCUCCAAAGUGA